UUCAUAUUCCAAACGGUCCAUAAAUCAAAACACAUCAAAAACAAACAUGGGUUGUACUGACUCCAAAACCCUACCACCAAUGGAAAAAUCCAUUCCUAUAGCAUCUACAAAUUCCUCAACAAAACCGAAAACCCUAAGACAAGAAAUUCUUAUACAAAUUCCAGGAUGUAGAGUUUACCUAAUGGAUGAAGGAGAAGCACAUGAACUUACACAAGGACAAUUCAUGAUCAUAAAAAUAGUUGAUGAAAAUGUAUCUUUAGCAACAAUCAUCAAAAUAGGAAACAAUGUUCAAUUUCCUUUAACAAAAGAUGAACCAGUUGUGAAAGUUGAUAGUCUUCAUUAUCUUUUUUCAUUGCCUGUGAAAGAUGGUCAUGAGCCUCUAAGCUAUGGUGUUACUUUUCCACAUGAAUUCUCUGGAAGUAUGGCUUUGGUUGAAUCUUUUCUUAAGGAACACUCUUGCUUUUCUGAUUUGAAAUUGAGUAAGAAGAAGAGUGAUCUUGAUUGGGAAGAGUUUGCUCCUUGUGUUGAAAAUUAUAAUCAUUUUCUUGCUAAGGCUAUUGCUGGUGGAACUGGUCAGAUUGUUAAGGGUAUCUUUAUGUGUAGUAAUGCUUACACCAAUCAGGUUCAAAAAGGAGGACAAACUAUCCUAAAUAGUCCUUCAGAUAAGAAAAAUGGUGGCAAUGGAAUGGUCAAAGAAAGUAUGAACAACAAAACUGCUGCUGCCACAAAGAACAACAGAAUGAAUGAAAAUCUCAUACGUGUGAGAAAGUUGACAAAUAUGACAGAACAUUUGUCCAAAUCUUUACUCAAUGGUGUUGGAAUAGUGAGUGGAUCAUUGAUGGCUCCUGUGCUCAAAUCUCAACCAGGACAGGCAUUCCUUAAGAUGCUUCCAGGAGAGGUCUUGUUGGCUUCUCUUGAUGCAGUCAACAAGGUUUUUGAAGCAGCAGAGGCAGCUGAAAAACAAACUCUUUCUGCCACCUCCCAAGCUGCAACAAGAAUGGUUUCUAACAGGUAUGGGGAAGAAGCAGGGGAAGCAACUGAGCAUGUAUUUGCAACUGCAGGACAUGCUGCUAAUACUGCUUGGAAUGUUUCUAAGAUUAGAAAGGCCAUCAAUCCAGCUUCUACUGCAGCUACACUCAGAAAUUCUGCCAAAAAUACAAGCAAAUAUUAGAUUAGAAUUAGAUAUUAAUACACAAUCAUGUUGCUUUGUAUUUAACACAGAUUAAGUCAUGGAUUUUUUCCUUCAGAAUUCUACAAGUAUUUUGUGUUGGUGUAAUUUGAAAUCUCAGGGAGCAAUGCUUGAA